AUGGCCGCCGAAGACCCAUUCACAGAUCAUGCCGCCCUCGAGUCUUCGAGCGGAGAACGAGAUCUGGUUGCUUCGGCCACGCUCGCCGUCAGUCGCAACGCGACGCUCACUCUCGGGACGGACUCGUUGAUUCUGCUUGAUGAAGGGCUCUAUGGCUCGUCCCAGACCCGCUGCUGUGGACUGCUUCCAGAUCGCACCGCCAAUACACGUUCAAUCCCGUACUAUAAUAUCCUAUGGGCAGAAGUGACCAAGAUCGAACUUGUCAUCCACUAUGCGAAGCCCAGCAAAAAGAGCGUCAAUGUUGCCUACAUUCAUUACCCUUUCGAAACCGACUCGGAUGAAGCCACCAAAUGGGUCACGAGAUUGAUGGAUCGCGCGUAUGGCGCUGCGAAGAAGAUGAAGCGGAUAAAACUUCUGAUCAACCCGUUCGGUGGCACUGGGAAGGCGGCAAAGUUAUACACAUCACGUAUCGAGCCGAUUUUCGCCGCUGCGAAAUGUGAGGUGGACGCUGAGCGAACAGCCUACUCCGGCCAUGCCGUUGAUAUCGCCUCGAAGCUGGAUGUGGAUAGCUAUGACGUGCUUGCCUGCGCUUCUGGAGAUGGUCUGCCGCACGAGUGCUUUAACGGUCUUUCCAAGAAUCCGCGAGCCGAUGCUUUGCAGGAAAUCGCUGUAACCCAACUCCCAUGUGGAAGUGGCAAUGCUUUCAGUUGGAAUUUCAACGGCAGUGGGGACCCAGCUAUUGCGGCACUGGCUGUUGUCAAGGGCAUACGCUCUCCAUUCGAUCUAGCGAGCGUGAGUCAAGGUGAUAAGCGCACGCUUUCUUUCCUUUCCCAAACGAUAGGUAUUGUUGCCGAAAGCGAUUUGGGCACCGACAACAUUCGCUGGAUGGGCGAGGCGCGCUUCACUUACGGCUUCCUGGUACGACUGCUGGGCGAGCAGCUGUACCCUUCAGAAAUCGCCAUGAAAGAAGAGAUCACGAACAAGGACGAGAUCAAAAAGCAUUUUGCACGUGAAGCGCAAAAGAAGCUGCCCCUGGAUUGGGAGCUCACGCGAGAACGAGGGUUGCCCGCUCUGCGAUAUGGAACGAUCAACGAUCCUAUACCUACAGGCAAUGGCUGGACGCCGAUGCGAGACUACCACAAGUUGGGCAAUCUGUACAGCGGUAAUAUGUGCUUCAUGGCUGCCGAUGCGCCAUUCUUUCCCGCGUCACUUCCCUCAGAUGGUCUUCUCGAUUUGGUCACGAUCGAUGGUGAUGUUGGACGGCUCAAGUCGGUCAAAAUGUUACUGGCUGUGCCAGAAAACAACUUCUUCGACAUGGCGCAGGUCAAUGUGCGCAAAAUCAGCGCGCUCCGUGUUAUACCCAAGUACGGCAAACAUGCCCCGAACGCGAAGCCGAAGAAGGGGUCUCACAACGAAGACGGCGGCUAUUUCAGCGUGUGUGGCGAGAAGUUCCCUUUUGAACCGUUUCAAAUUGAGAUCCACAGGGGCAUUGCCACGGUCCUUAGCAAGCGGCCUGGCCUGUAUGAGGGUCCGGGCCCGAAAGGGUGGGAGGAACUCGUGCAGCAAGAUCAAGAAGGGGAGGAGACGAGCGGCGUUUAG